AUGCGCUCCGGCAGGCGGUCCCCGCCUCCAGCCCCCGCCCUGGCCCUGGCUUUGACCUUAGCUGUGCUGGUGGACCCAGCAUCCACAGCCUCGUUCUUCGGUGAGAACCACCUGGAGGUGCCUGUGGCCAUGGCUCUGACUGACAUAGACCUACAGUUGCAGUUCUCCACAUCCCAGCCCAAAGCCCUACUGCUCCUGGCAGCAGGCCCAGCUGACCAUCUCCUGCUGCAACUCCACUCUGGACGCCUGCAGGUUAGACUUGUUCUGGGCCAGGAGGAGCUGAGGCUGCAGACCCCAGCAGAGACCCUGCUAAGCAACUCCAUCCCUCACACCGUGGUGCUAACUAUCACAGACAACUGGGCCACAUUGUCAGUCGAUGGGCUCCUGAACACCUCAGCCCCAGCCCCAGGAGACUCCCUGGAGGUCCCCUAUGGGCUCUUCAUUGGGGGCGCUGGGAACCUUGGCCUGGCCUACCUAAGGGGAACCAGCCGUCCCCUGAGAGGUUGCCUCCAUUCAGCCACUCUCAAUGGCCGAAACCUCCUCCAGCCCUUGACCCCAGAUGUGCACGAGGGCUGUGCUGAAGAAUUUUCUGCUGGCGACGACGUGGCCCUGGGCUUCUCUGGGCCCCACUCUCUGGCUGCCUUCCCUGCCUGGGGCACACGAGACGAAGGCACCCUGGAGUUUACACUCAUCACAAGGAGCAGGCAGGCACCCCUGGCCUUCCAGGCAGGCGGCCGACAUGGGGACUUCAUCUACAUCGACAUAUUUGAGGGCCACUUGCGGGCCAUAGUAGAGAAGGCCCAGGGCACCAUAUUGCUCCACAACAGUGUACCUGUGGCUGACGGGCAGCCCCAUGAGGUCAGCAUCCACAUAGAUGCUCACCGACUAGAAAUCUCUGUGGACCAGUACCCCACGCGCACUUCCAAUCGAGGGGUCCUCAGCUAUGUGGAGCCACACGGCAGUCUCCUCCUUGGGAGCCUGGAUUCAGAGGCCUCUCGCCACCUCCAGGAACACCGCCUGGGCCUGGCGCCUGGGGCUGCCAAUGCCUCCCUGCUGGGCUGCAUGGAAGACCUCAGUGUCAAUGGCCAGAGGUGGGGGCUCCGGGAUGCCUUGCUGACUCGCAACAUGGCAGCUGGCUGCAGGCUGGAGGAAGAGGAGUAUGAAGAGGAUGCCUAUGGCCCAUAUGAAGUCUUCUCCACCCUGGCACCUGAGCCUUGGCCCGCCAUGGAGCUGCCAGAGCCCUGCGUGCCUGAGCGGGGACUGCCUCCCAUCUUUGCCAACUUCACCCAGCUGCUGACCAUCAGCCCUCUGGUGGUGGCCGAGGGUGGCACAGCCUGGCUUGAGUGGCGGCAUGUACAGCCCACCCUGGACCUGAGCGAAGCAGAGCUACGUAAAUCCCAGGUGCUCUUCAGCGUGAGCCGUGGUGCACGCCACGGCGAGCUGGAGCUGGACAUCCCGGGCGCCCAGGCACGGAAAAUGUUCACCCUGUUAGACGUGGUGAACCGCAAGGCCCGCUUCAUCCAUGAUGGCUCUGAGGACACCUCUGACCAGCUGGUGUUGGAGGUGUCUGUGACAGCUCGAGGGCCGGUGCCCUCCUGCCUGAGGAGGGGCCAGACCUAUAUCCUGCCCAUUCAGGUCAAUCCCAUCAACGACCCACCCCAUGUCAUCUUCCCACAUGGCAGCCUCAUGGUGAUCCUGGAGCACACACAGAAGCCACUGGGGCCUGAGGUUUUCCAGGCCUACGACCCAGACUCAGCCUGUGAAGGCCUUACCUUCCAGCUUCUUGGCAACCCCACUAGCCUCCCUGUGGAGCGCCGAGACCAGCCUGGGCAGCCAGCAGCUGAAUUCUCCUGCCGGGAGCUGGAGGUAGGCAGCCUCAUCUAUAUCCACCGUGGCGGUCCAGCACAGGACCUGACGUUCAGGGUCAGUGACGGACUGCAGGCCAGCCCCCCAGCCACCCUGAAGGUGGUGGCUAUCCGCCCAGCCAUUCAGAUCCGCCACAACACGGGGCUCCGCCUGGCACAGGGCUCUUCUGCACCCAUCUUGCCUGCCAACCUGUCAGUAGAGACCAACGCAGUGGGGCAGGAGGUCAGCGUGUUGUUCCGGGUCACAGGAGCCCUGCAGUUUGGGGAGCUGCAGAAGCAGGGGGCAGGUGGGGCAGAGGGUGCAGAGUGGCGGGCUGCACAGGCCUUCCACCAGCAUGACGUGGAGCAGGGCCGCGUGAGGUACCUGAGCACUGACCCGAAGCACCGUGCCAAGGACACCGUGGAGAACCUGGCUCUAGAGGUGCAAGUGGGUCAGGAGACCCUGAGCAACUUCUCCUUUCCAGUGACCAUCCAGAGAGCCAUGGUGUGGCUGCUGCGGCUGGAGCCCCUGCACACUCAGAACACUCACCAGAAAGCCUUAACCACGGCCCACCUGGAGGCCACCCUGGAGGGGGCAGGUCCAAGCCCCACCUCCUUCCACUAUGAAGUAGUUCAGGCCCCCAGGAAGGGGAAUCUUCAGCUAAAAGGCACACGGCUGUCAGAUGGUCAGGGCUUCACCCAGGAUGACCUACAGUCUGGGCAGGUGACCUAUGGGGCAACGACAUGGGCCUCAGAGGCAGUUGAGGACAACUUCCGCUUCCGUGUCACAGCUCCACCUCACUUCUCCCCCCUCUACACCUUCCCCAUCCACAUCGGCGGUGACCCCAAUGCUCCUGUCCUCACCAAUGUCCUCCUCUCAGUGCCCGAGGGUGGUGAAGGUGUCAUCUCUGCUGACCACCUCUUUGUCAAGAGUCUCAACAGUGCCAGCUACCUCUAUGAGGUCAUGGAGCGGCCCCGCCAUGGGAAGUUGGCAUGGCGAGAGGCAGAAGACAAGACCACCAUGGUGAUGUCCUUCACUAAUGAAGACCUGCUCCAAGGCCGACUGGUCUACCAGCAUGACGACUCUGAGACCACUGAAGAUGACAUCCCAUUUGUGGCAACCCGCCAAGAUGAGGGCAGUGGUGGCAUGGCCUGGGAGGAGGUCCGGGGUGUCUUCCGUGUGGCCAUCCAGCCCAUGAAUGAUCAUGCCCCUGUGCAGACCAUCAGCCGUGUCUUCCAUGUGGCCCGGGGAGGGCAGCGGCUGCUGACAACAGACGAUGUGGCCUUCAGUGACUCUGAUUCGGGCUUUGCUGAUGUUCAGUUGGUGCUGACCCGCAAGGACCUUCUCUUCGGCAGUAUCGUAGCCGUGGAUGAGCCUACACGGCCCAUCUACCGCUUCACCCAGGAGGACCUCAGGAAGAAGCGAGUCCUGUUCGUGCACUCGGGGGCUGACCGUGGCUGGAUCCAACUGCAGGUUUCUGAUGGGCAGCACCAGGCCACUGCCCUGCUCGAGGUUCAGGCCUCAGAGCCCUACCUCCACGUGGCUAAUGGCUCCAGCCUCAUGGUCCCUCAGUGGGGCCAGGGCACCAUCGACACAGCUGUGCUCCACCUGGACACCAACCUUGACAUCCGCAGUGGGGAUGAGGUCCACUAUCGUGUCACAUCUGGCCCACGGUGGGGGCAACUGCUCCGGGCCAGCCAGCCAGCCACAACCUUCUCCCAGCAGGACCUGCUGGAUGGGGCCAUUGUCUACAGACACAAUGGCAGCCUCAGCCCCCAUGACACCCUGGCCUUCUCCGUGGAGGCAGGGCCCGUGCACACAGAUGCCACCCUGCGGGUGACCAUUGCCCUAGAGGGACCACUGCCCCCACUACAACUGGUUCAGCACAAGAAGAUCUACGUCUUCCAGGGAGAAGCAGCUGAGAUCAGAAGGGACCAGCUGGAGGCAGCUCAGGAUGCAGUGCCACCUUCAGACAUUGUGUUCUCAGUGAAGACUCCACCCACUGCUGGCUACCUGGUGAUGGUGUCCCACGGCGCCUCCACAGAUGAACCACCCAGCCUGGACCCUGUGCAGAGCUUCUCCCAGGAGGCAGUGGAUGCAGGCCAGGUCCUGUACCUGCACUCCCGCACCGAAGCCUGGAGUGAUACCUUCUCCCUGGACGUGGCCUCUGGUGUUGGUGCUCCCCUCGAGGGUGUCCGCAUGGAGCUGGAGGUGCUGCCUGCUUCCAUCCCCCUGGAGGCGCAGAACUUCAGUGUCCCUGAGGGCGGCACCCGCACCCUGGCCCCUCCGCUGCUCCGCAUCAAGGGGCCCUAUUUCCCCACACUGCCUGGCCUCAACCUGCAGGUGUUAGAGCCUCCCCAGCAUGGGGCCCUGCAGAAGGAGGAAGGACGUCAAGACGGGACCCUCCAGGCUUUCUCCUGGAGAGAGGUAGAACAGCAGCUGAUCCGCUAUGUGCAUGAUGGGAGCGAGACACUGACAGACACCUUUGUCCUGUUGGCCAAUGCUUCAGAGAUGGACCACCAGAGCCAUCCCGUGGCUUUUACUGUCACUGUCCUGCCUGUCAAUGACCAACCCCCCAUCCUCACCACAAACACAGGCCUACAGAUAUGGGAAGGAGCCACUGCGCCCAUCCCUCCGGAGGCCCUUAGGGGCACAGACAGAGACUCAGAGCCCAAGGACCUGGUCUACACCAUUGAGCAGCCCAGCAACGGAUGGGUUGUGCUGAGAGCAGCACCAGACACUGAGGUACGCAGCUUCACACAAGCCCAGCUGGACAGUGGGCUGGUGCUGUUCACACAUAGAGGACCUCUGGAUGGAGGUUUCCACUUUGACCUCUCCGACGGUGAGCAUGCUUCCCCUGGACACUUCUUCCGUGUGGUAGCCCGGAAGCAGCUGCUUCUCUCUCUGGAGGGCAGCCGGAUGCUGACUGUCUGCCCAGGGUCCGUCCAGCCCCUCAGCAGCCACAACCUGAGAGCCAGCUCCAACGAAGGCACAGACCCCCACCACCUGCUCUACCGUGUGAUGAGGGGCCCCCAGCUGGGCCGGCUGUUCCUUGCCCAUCAGGGCAGCACUGGCGAGGCCCUGGUGAACUUCACUCAGGCUGAGGUGUCUGCUGGGAAUGUUCUGUUUGAGCACGAGAUGCCCCCCGAGCCCUUCUGGGAGGCCCAUGACACCCUGGAGCUCCUGCUGUCCUCACCUCCUGCCCCCGACAUAACCGCCACCCUCACUGUGACUGUGUCCUUUGAGGCUGCCUGUCCCCAGCGCCCCAGCCGCCUCUGGAGGAACAAAGGUCUCUGGGUCCCUGAGGGCCAGCGGGCUGAGAUCACCGUGACUGCCCUUGACGCCUCCAACUUCCUGGCCAACGUUCCAUUGCCCCACCGCCCCAAGCAUGAUGUGCUUUUCCAGGUCACACAGUUCCCCACAAGGGGCCAGCUAUUGGUGUCCGAGGAACCGCUCCACGCUAGGCGGCCCCACUUCCUGCAAUCUGAGCUCGCAGCAGGGCAGCUGGCGUAUGCCCAUGGAGGAGGAGGCACCCAGCAGGAUGGCUUUCGCUUCCGUGCCCACCUCCAGGGGCCAGCAGGGGCCUCCGUGACUGGGCCCCAAACUUCAGAAGCCUUUAUCAUCACAGUGCGGGAUGUGAAUGAGCGGCCACCUCAGCCUCAGGCCUCAGUCCCACUCCAGCUCACCCGGGGCUCCCGUGUCCCCAUUUCCCGGGCCCAGCUGAGUGUGGUGGACCCAGACUCAACACCUGAGGAGAUCAAGUAUGAGGUGCAGCGCGCACCCCACAAUGGCUUCCUGAGCCUGGUGGGGGGCAGCCCAGGCCCUGUGAUCCAUUUCACCCAGGCUGAUGUGGAUGCAGGGCGGCUGGCCUUCAUGGCCAAUGGGAGCAGCGUGGCAGGCACCUUCCAGCUGAGCGUGUCUGACGGGGCCAGCCCACCCCUGCCCAUGUCUCUGGCUGUGGAUGUCCUGCCAUCCACCAUUGAGGUACAGCUGCAGGCUCCCCUUGAUGUGCCCCAAGCCUUAGGCCGUGCCUCACUGAGCCGGCAGCAGCUCCAGGUGGUUUCUGACCGGGAGGAGCCAGACGUAGUGUAUCACCUCACCCAGGGUCCCCAGUAUGGGCAUCUCUUGGUGGGCGGGCAGCCUGCCUCAGCUUUCAGCCAGCUCCAGAUAGACCAAGGACAGGUGGUCUUUGCUUUCACCAACUUCUCCUCUGCUCACGACUACUUCAGCAUCCUAGCACUGGCCCGGGGUGCCAAUGCAUCAGCCACCGUGAACAUCACCGUGAGCGCUCUGCUGCGUGUCUGGGCAGGUGGCCCAUGGCCCCAGGGUACCACCCUACGCCUGGAUCCUGCCAUCCUAGAUGCAGGCGAGCUAGCCAACCUCACAGGAAGUGUGCCUCGCUUCCGCCUCUUGGCGGGCCCCCAACAUGGCCGUGUGGUCCGCAUGCCCCAGGACAGGACAGAGCCCAGAGACAGCCAGCUUGUGGAGCAGUUCACUCAGCAGGACCUUGAGGCUGGGAGGCUGGGGCUGGAGGUGGGCAGGCCCCCUGGCCCCACAGGUGACAGCCUCAUUCUGGAGCUACGGGCACAGGGGGUCCCACCUGCUGUGGCCUCAUUGAACUUUACCACUGAGCCUUACAAUGCAGCCCGGCCCUACAGCGUGGCCCUGCUCAGUCUUCCUGAUGCUGCCCGGACAGAAUCAGGGAAGCCAGAGAGCAGUACGCCCACAGGAAAGCCAGGCCCAGCAGCAUCCAGCCCCAUGCCUACCGUGGCCAGGGGAGGCUUCCUGGGCUUCCUUGAGGCCAACAUGUUCAGCAUCAUCAUCCCUGUGUGCCUGGUCCUCCUGCUCCUGGCACUCAUCUUGCCCCUGCUCUUCUACCUCCGCAAACGCAACAAGACAGGCAAGCACAACGUCCAGAUCCUGACCGCCAAGCCCCGCAAUGGCCUGGCCAGUGACACUGAGACCUUCCGCAAGGUAGAGCCAGGCCAGGCUAUCCCGCUGAUGGCAGUGCCUGGCCAGGGGCCCCCACCAGGCAGCCAGCCUGACCCAGAGCUGCUGCAGUUCUGCCGGACACCCAACCCCGCCCUCAAAAAUGGCCAAUACUGGGUGUGAGGCCUGGCCUGGGCCCAGAUGCUGACCAGGCCAGGGACGGGCUUGCCUGGGUCCCAGGCCCCACUGCUCCCAGGCCCUGGGAGCAAAAGAGACCUGGAGAUAUUGGGGGUGGAGGGCGCCUGGAGGUAGUCCCAGGGGUCCAGGAUGGAAUUGGGUCAAGAGCUAGAGUCUCCCCCAGCUCACUCCAUGUCUGGAGAGUUGCUCAGGGGCUGAGACAAGAGGCUGAGGUCGGUCCCCUUACCCUGGAGCUAGUUUUGGCUGUCAAAACCAGGGUGCCUCUAACAAGGAAGGGCCAAGGCCUUGGGUAAGUCACAUCCAGGCUGCCAAGAGGGCAAGGAGAAAGUGCCCUAGGGAGGGAAGGGUAAGAUCCAGGGAGUCAUAGGUUUUACAUGACAACCCAGACCUCCUCUUGUCUCUGCCCCAGGGUUGAGGGAAAAGCUCUUUUGCCCCUGAUUUUUUAGGGAGAAGGGAAUCCCUGGAGCAGAUGGCAAGAGAGAGCUUCUCUACUCUCUAGAAGGCAUUAGCCAGUAGACUAAUAUAUUCAUGGUGGGGCGGGUUGCUCUGGGGAUGGGUUUAUUUAAGGGAGAUUGCAAAGAAGCUAUUUAACAUGGUGCUGAGCUAGCUGGGACUGAUGGAGCCCCUGGGGGUGUGGGAUAGUACAGGGUCUGAGGCCCCUGCAUGCCGAGGGCACCGCCUUGAUGAACUGAGAGAUUGACAAGCAUCAGUCAGGGCCUCCAGGGUAGGCUGAGCUGGGGCUUAUGCAAGGUCUCCAACCAAGGGCCAACACAGUGCCUACACUCCCUGAGGGCUGUGGGAGCAGGCAGUCAGGGACACUUGGCUCCACUGGGGCCUAGAUAAAGGGUGCUUCAGGCUCUG